AUGAAGGCCUACGCUGUCAUCCUUUCCCUCGCCACCUUGGCCGCCUGCCAGGCUCCCCAGCCGCCCCCGGCCCCGGCCCCGAAUGACACCCCCGCUUGCGCCGAGGCGAAGAUUCUGGCUGGCGGUAUUGCUCUGAACAUCCAGAUCCAGCAACAGGAGCAGGCCGGUCUCGCGGCCGUGAUGCAAUCUCUUCAGGCCAACCCCGUCAACAUGCAGCAGUUCCAGGUUGCCAAGUCCAACUUGCUGUCCUUCGUCAGCGACGGUAUCCAGGUCCGCCAGGCCAACCAGCUUAUCGCCCCCUCCGGCAACGGUGCCGCUCAGGGUCUCGCAGUUGUUGCGAAUGCCCAGCUCUCUGAGCUCCAGAAGGUUGCUGGCCUUACUGGCAACCCUCAGCAGGAUAACCCGGUCACUCAGUCACUUCAGAUGGACUUCUCUGGAGGUAUCCAACAAAACAUGAAGAACCAGCAAGCUGCGCUUACUGGCUGCUAG